AUGUCUUGUAAUGGUAGUGCCGCCGCCACCCCAGCGGCCGCUUCAGCCGCACCACCGCCGCCGCUUCCCGGGACUUCUGGCGCCGCCGCCGCCACUGCCGCGGAACCCGAACUAGUGUCGCUCAUCCUCAACCGCCUCAAGAGCCAAGGACUCUUCGACCAGUUCCGCCGCGACUGCCUGGCCGAUGUGGACACAAAGCCUGCAUACCAGAACCUAAGGCAGCGGGUGGAUAAUUUUGUCUCCAACCAUCUGGCAACUCAUACUUGGAGUCCUCACUUAAAUAAGAACCAACUAAGAAAUAAUAUUAGACAACAGGUUCUCACAUCUGGAAUGUUAGAAUCUGGAAUUGACAGAAUCAUAUCUCAAGUUGUGGAUCCAAAGGUUAACCACAUAUUUAGGCCACAGGUAGAAAAGGCUGUCCAUGAAUUUUUAACCACGUUAAAUCAUAAAGAGGCAGCCAGUUCCAGCACCACGCCAACUGAGGAGAAGCCAGAAGCUUCAGUUUUGAUGCAAGGUGUUUCUACUACCACUUCAAGUGCAAGUGUAGCUAAUGAUGCAAUGUCCAUUUUGGAAACAAUAACAUCUCUGAACCAAGAAGCAUGUUCAGCCAGGGCUUCUACGGAAGCAACAAAUUCAAAAACUAAUGACAGAGUUUCAAAAAGACUCCUUUCUCAGCAAAGCAUGGACAGUGGAAUUGAGAGAGACCAGAACACUGAUGAUCUGCUAGAUGAAGAGAAACUUUCUUGUAACUCUGCAGAAGAAAGUUGUGAACCAGUAGCAAAUGGUGAAAGUCUAAAUAAUUUAUUUUCUUCAAGUGAAGAAGGAAAAACUGGAUCAAAAGAAGUUAGCAGUAUGAUUAAUUCAAGCAAAAAUGCUCUGCAGGAAGGUGAUGAACUGAAGAGUAAGCUGACGGAUAAAUGUGAUAGAAAGCUAGAAAGCUCAGAGAAAGGAGAGAGAAGACAAGAGAAAAAAGAAAAAUCUGACAAAAAGUUUGACUUCAUGAAAAGAAGUGUUGAUGAUGUAAAAUUAAAAGAAGAAAAAGCAUCAAAAGAGAGAGAAACAGAAUCAACAAAAUGUUCAGUUCUGGAGAAGAGCAGUAGUAAACACAAAGUAAAUGAAUGUGCAAAAGAAGUAUUUGAAGAUUCUGAUGUGGAUAUACUCAGUGAUAUAACUGUUAGCUCAGUGCAUACAAGUGAUCUUUCUUCAUUUGAAGAAGAGAGUGAAGAGGAAGUUGCACUUUCUGAUAGUACAGAAGAAGGAGAGAUUUUUUCUGAUGAUGAAGAGGAACAGGAUCAGAUUUCAUCAAAAGUAGAAGCUGCUGAUGCCAAUGAUAAAAAAAGAAAACCCGGACGACAUGCUUAUGUCCACAAGCCAUACCUUUACUCCAAGUACUACAGUGAUUCUGACGAUGAACGGACUGUGGAACAACGUCGCCUAUCUGUGGCUAGAGAAAAAGAAGAGAGACUCCUAAGAAGACAGCUUAAUAGAGAAAAACUUGAAGAAAAACGGAAACAGAAAGCUGUGGACAAAACAAAAAUUUUGAAAACUGGAAAUCAAGGUAAAAAUGUUCAGACCUUGGAAGAAUCUUCAGCCAGAGGUCAUGAACUGAAAGCUAGUGGUGCCAGUAUUAAAGAUGUGCUCAAAGAACAAAGGUUUUUAGAAAAGAAAGUAGCCUUGAGCCGGAAAAGAAAGAGAGAAGCAAGACAUGAUGAAGAAAGCAGGAAGAAGAAAUGUGAACAACCGGAGGAAAACCUUGGAGAAUCUAAAAAAAUAAGUGAAGGCAGCCGUCCCCAAUGUUUUUGGGGCCGCGGACCAGCUGGGACUGGUGAAAAAUCCUCUUUGGAAGAGCUGAAAGCUAUCCAAGGUAAAAAUGAAGGAAGAAGAAUUCAAGGACCAGUGCAUCCACCUGAUGAAAACAAAAUUGAUUCAAAAGUAGAAAAAGAAUACAAAAGAAAAACAUAUACUUCUCUUCAAGUGCAGGGAAUACAGCAAGACACUGAUGCUUGGGAUAGUAAAUCUCAGUUUGGCAGAGCUGAUGAUAGUUCAGAAGAACCUCCUAAACAGAAAAAUGUAUUUAAAAAUGAAAAGCAUAUUAAAAAGGAUGAGCUAGAAACUCAGAGUAUUCGAAGUGUAACCAAGAAAGAGGCUAGGUCAUCAAAAGAUAGAAAUGAAAAAGAGAGAAGUCUUUCUGAAGACAAAUUAUUCACAAAACAUAAAUAUAAAGGAGAUGUUAAUAAAACAAGUGAUGAAGUAGAAAGUUUGUUGUCUGACAAAGGCUUGAAAAGUGAAGAGAGUUUUCUGAAACAUGGUCAUGAUAAAGCUGAAAAGAAAAAUAAGCACAGAAGUGAAAGGAAAAUAUCAGUAAAUAACAAAGAUACAAAAAUUAUUUCUGACCAUGGUUCCAAAAAUGAAGAGAAUUCACAUGAGAACAAAAAAGACAGACAGAUUUCCACAGAUAAAUUAAGAACAGAGCAUAAGUCCAAAAGGUUGUCAAAUGAUUCUAGGCCACAGAAAGAGUCUCAAAGUGUAUCCAAACAACAUAGCUCUCUAAGUUCAAGAAAGUGUGAAAGUUAUAUAGAGGAUAGACACGAUGCUGGAACAGCUAACAUGGAUGAUACAUUAAGACAGGGUGAUGGAAUACCGAAGGACAGGCGAAGAUCAAAAAGUACUUUGGAAGAACGAUCACUGUUAAAGGCAAGGUCCAAGAUUCAUAGCAAACAAGCCAAAGUACUUGAAAGUGAAUUACAAGAAAGUUCCUCUAAGCAGGAAUCUGGGCAGAAAUUGGACAAAGACAAGAAUACAGAAGAGACUGAUGCAGAUAAGCAGUAUAAAUUAAAAAAUAAAAUUACAGUUGUUGAAGAAAUUUGUGUAGAAUUUGAACCAGAACAUAGAGUGAAUUCAUUCAAUAAUUCACAAAAAGAUUGUACUCAUAGAGUUAAGUCACAUUCAGGAGAGAAGUCUAUGAAGGAGAAACCUAGGAGUGAUAAAGAGCUGAACAGUUUCAGAUCGGAAAGGAAAUUGUCAGUGGAAGGUCACAAAAACAGAGGCCCAAAACAUAGUAGUAAGGACAUGAAAAAAAGAGAGGAGGACAAUAAACCAGAGGAUAGAAGUGUUAAGCGAAUAGAGAGUAAUACAAAGAUACAAGAAGAUAAUCUGCUGGCUGAUAAAAAGCCUUAUAAAAGCUUAACUAGUGAAAACAGAGAAGGAAGUUUGUCAGUCCAAGAAAUAGAUACCAGAAAAGAAAAGCUAUCACCAGAUACAGCUAUAGCUAGCCUUUUCCCAACCCUUCAGAACACAGGCUGGAAUAGUGAGCAUUCUUUACAUCCAGAACAGAAUCAAGAACCAAUAGAAAAAAGGCAUGGUAAUGCAUAUAAUCAAGUAACUCAAGUUGAAGAAAAUAAUAAUAUCUCCCAACAAGAAGCUAAAUUUACAAAUACUGCUGAAGACCAAAUGCGCUAUAAUUCAGUGUACAAGUUGAAUCAAAUUUUGUGUGCUAAAGAACUGCAAGAAUCUUCUCUUUUAAGUUACAUUAAACCCAAAGAAAAAAUAGAACAGUUUCCUACAAAGGACAUUGAUAUAGCAACUGAUGCUUUUAAAGUAGCUUCUAAGGAUGUAGGAUGCAUUGAAGAGGAGCAGUAUCAGAUAAUCACUGAGUGUGUGAAAACUGACAGAACUUUGCUUGAUGGCUGUCAUAAACAGAAUGUAAAGCUGGAAUUCCAAAGCAUGACUGAAGAUUUUCAGACUCCAAAGAAUGUUAAAAACAUGAUGAGUCCAAGUGAAGAAAGCAAUUAUUCAAUAAAGAAUUCUAGAGAAGAUGCUGUCCCUCAGAAAUGUAUGGACCUUACAGAAAUCACAAGUCCUUUGAGUGAUAUAUCCAAAGAAGUACCUUCACAUAGGUCAUGCCUUAAAGAUCCCAUUCUGGACAAUCAGACACAUACUGUUAAAAAGGAACAACAUGAUAGCUUUGUUCUGAGCAGUACCAUAAAAGAGGAUGAUAUCACCAGUAUGGAAUUUAUAAACACAGUUGAAAAGGUGCAUCUGUGUAGUAAACAAGCAGCUGAAGAGAGAAAAAGUAUUUUAAAAGGGACUCAAGAAGCUAUUGUGGAAGAAAAAAAUGAAAAUGGCAUUUUACAGAAUGACAGUUUUAUUGGGCAAGCUAUAGAAUUUGCAGGUAUAAAUGUAGACAAAUUUGCCUUAAUCAAGAUGGAGGAAGAAAAAAAAGAUAAUGCAGGUGAAGAUUCUUCUUUAAAUAAUGGCAGAAGUGCCAUAAAAUGUAAAAACAAAGGAAAGGAAAUUAAUAAUAUUAGUGCUCCAAAAGAAUGGUCUUCUAAAUUGAUUUAUCCAAAUGCUCCAGAAGAUAUGAGUAAGUUUUCUGCAAUGGGAAGUGAAGCAGAAGGAAGAUAUAAUUAUGUAAGAUCACAAAGUGAAAACAGUGUUGUAGUCAGUAGCAUAGGAGGUAGCAGUUGCAUUAAUAUCUGCAACUCCAUGGAGACAGAUCUUGUUAUAGGAACUAGCACAGAAGAAAUUACUGGAAGAACUGUGACAGCCACUAGUACUGGACUACGUGAAGAAUCUAUGUCAAAACAGCAAAGAGAAGAUGAUGCUGUCAUCACUUGCUCAGAAGAAAAAAGUAAGACUGUUUUGAGCUGUACAGGUAUAGAAGCAGAUGAAGGUUUCAUUGUGGGUACUUGGACCAAAAAUAAGGAGGGUGUCAAUUUUGUAACAGAAAAGCACUUUGGUAAAUGCACUGUUACAGCAGCUGAAGCAAGUGGUGCUGUUACUGAAGGGCUUGCAGUAUGUGAAAGUUCCUCAGCCAGUACAAAGGGAAAUGGAGGUUCUGAGUGUAUUGUAAAUUAUGUAGAAGAAAGUGCUAAACAGUUAAUCAAUGAAAGUGGAAUUGAAAAUGAUCAGAGUAUGAAUAGCUUAAUAACAGAAGAGAAAGAUGAUGCUGUAACCAGUGCAGGCUCUGAAGAAAAGUGUAUGGCUUCUGCUUCUAGGGGAGUAAGCAACUUUGACAAUGCUGCUACCAGCAUUGGUGAAAUAGAGAGUGAUGGUGCUGUAACCAGUGCAGGUACUGAAGCACAAGGUGGCUCCACCAUCAUUGAAAAUACAGAUGAAUUUCAAAAUGCAGUAGGAGCAGAGCAGAUUAAAGAGGCUAAAGGUGUUGUGACUUGCACAGGUGCAGAAAAACCAAGUGUUGGCUCUGCUAUAUAUUCAGUGACUGGUACAGACUCACAAGAAGCAAAUGUGGUGAAUAGAGUAUAUGCUGAAAUGGACAACAGUGAAGAAAUUGGACCACAUGCUUACAAAAAUGAAGAUAUCAUAAGUGGUGAAAGUGCAGUUACAAGCACAGGCAUAAUGGCAGAAGAUGAGACUGAAGCUGCAGCUGUUUGCAUUGGCUUGGAGGACAAUGAUGAAGGUUUUGUGGCAGCUUUAAACACAGAAGAAAAAUAUGAGCAUGCUACAGAUAGCACUGAAGCUAAAGCAGAAAAAAAUGCUACCAAAAUCAGUCAAGGCUCCUAUGAUGAUGAACGCUGUGUGACAAGCACAGGUGCAAAAGAAGAUGAUGAAGAAGGUGAAGAUUUUGUUACUAGUACAGGGAGGUGUAAUGAAGAAUCAGAACUCAUUUUGACAUGUGAAGAAACAGAAGAGAGUGAAAGAAUGAUGGUUGGUGUGGAAGCCACAGAAAGUAGACAUUCCUCCAUUUGUAUUGUUACAGGCCUGCUUGGAACAGGGUUAGAUGAGCUUACCUCAAAUGCAGGUAAAAGGAGUGUUGACAGCAUGAUGGGCUUAGAGAAGAAAAUGAGGAUUGGAAAUAUCAGCAACAGCUCAAAGGAGAUAGUUGAAAGUAGCACAACUAGCAUCCAUAUGGGCAAUGAAAAUAUUAUGGCCUUUGUGAAAGAAAAAGAGGAGGACUCUUCACUUAUUAAGAAAUGUGAGUAUGAUGUGCUUAAUGGAAACUCACAUAAUAAAAGCCUGUAUGUAUUUUCAGCUCAGGAACAAAAGAAUGAGAGAGCCACAUCUUCCUUAGAUAGCAGGGAAUGUGUAGGUAUUUUUGUCUCUAAGAAGGCAGCUAUGGUUCCAGCAUCUGUUAACAAAGGUGAUAAAGAAAAAGUCAUGACUAUUCCUACAAGUAUGAUCAAAUUGUGCCCAACUGUUGCACAUUGUUCUGCUGAGCACAUUGAACAAGUAUCAUUACCUGUUACAAAACCCAUUGAAAACUUAAGUGAGAUCAGUGAGAAAACCACAAAACUGCUAGGUACAGAAGAUUUCAGCAUUCCUAUGUCUAGCACAGCUGUUGGGAAUCAAGAAGGAACGUCUACUAAACUUAAAACGAACUCUGCAGGAAUUUUGAAAGAAUUUGAAGCACCUAUGCCAAGCAUAACAGGAGACAAUGGUGAGAAUCUGUGUGCUACAAUAAGAGCUGUAGAACUAAGUACUUUGCCCAGUAUUUCCAGUGAAGUAACUGAUAGAAACGAUAUAGUUCAUGGCAAAGAGGAGAGAGAUGAGUGCACUGUAAUUUCCACAAGCAUAGUUGAAGAAACAGAGGUUCCCAUUUCCCAAAAAGAUACUGAAGACACUGUUCAGCUUUUUCCUUUAAGAGCAGAACAACCUGCUGAUGCAGCUAUAAUAUCAACAAGCUCAAUAGAAUAUUUUGAAACUUCUGUGUUUCCUGAAAAGAUGCAUCAGCUCUGUAGAACAAAACAAAAACUUGAGACUUUUGCUAUCUCUACAACAGAAGAAAGUGAAAGAGCCACACAUGAUGUAGUGGUAUCACUGGAAACUAGAGAAAGAAAUGAGGGUAGCACAGUUUUCACAGAUGGAAUAGAGGAAUGCAAGGUUGUUCAAGAAUCCACAACUGGGAAGUUUGAGUUAGUUGUUCAAAGUGCAGAGGAAAGCAGAAGUACUAUAGGUUUGGUUAAAGAGGGAAGAUAUUGUAAUGUCCUAGAGGUUAGUGUUGAAAGCAGUAGAAAUGAUCAGCAGUUGGUUACUCUGUGUACAGAAAAUCCAGAAGAUAAUACAAAUGUAUCUGGCAGAACACUGGACAAAUGUGACAAUGUCUAUACUGUUGCUGCCUCAGAGGAGCCUCCACUUAAUGUUCUGGACGAAACUUCACCUGCAUUUAUAAGCGUAGAAGUAAAAGAUGAUACAAAAAGUGCCAUGUAUUCCAAACAGUCUGAUUGCACCAUGUUGUCAGACCUAGUAAGCAAUGAAUGCUCUUCAGCAGUGCUUCACAGAAAAGGCCACAGGUUCUGUCAUGGAGAUCCAGAAAGUUCUUUGGAAGAAUUAAAGACAUCUAAAACCACUGACACUGGAAACAUAGCAGUGCUUGCAAAUACACAGAAAUCUAUUGAUACCAGGGCAGAUUUCUUCACAGAAACAUGUUUUAACUCUUCAGUCAGGGAUGACUCAGCUACUGAAUUUUCCAUGCAAGAAAACGGAAAGCAAGACAGUGAGCAACAUGAUGAAACUCCAUCAAAUCCUUCUGGUAUUCUACUGGAGAAAGAGAGAGAUAGUAAGAAUUUAUCAACAGACUAUAUUAACCACAAGCCAGCAUUAAAAACUGAAAGAAGGGACUCUUCCAACAGGAAAUGCUUGACUUCAUUCUUUUUUGAGUUGGGAAGAAAUUCUGAGGACAGAGCAUUUGUUGAUGGAACAGAUUUAUGCAGGCAGUAUAGCUUGGCUGAAAUAAAUGCUAAAAUGAGUGAUCACCACAAACCAGAAGCUUUUUCUCAAAGGACUACAGCAUACAUUAAUGACAAUAAAGAGAUUCCAGUUGUGGCUGAAGAGUUGGAAAAAAGGAUGAAAAUGACAGUUGAUGAGGAGCUGCAGUGUAGAGAUCCAGUAAAGAAUCAUCUCAGUGAACAGAAUCAGACACAAAGGAUUCUUGAAGACUGUGAAAAGUCAGAUAGUCUGGUCAAAACAGAAGCAGAAGAAAACCAAGUUCCAAAAGAAAAAGCAUUACAGCUACAGGUUGUAAUACAUGAUCAAGAGGAAGAGCACUUAAUGCCAGAAACAAACAGACGUCUUUCUAUUGAAGAGGAUGAUAUCCCACUGUGUCAAAUUUUGGGAGAGGAAGAUGAACACCACAAGUAUUUUGAGGCCAAAUCAGCAAAUAAUACGCAAGGUGCUGUCAGAGAUUCAGAAGAAAUGCUUGAAGGCACUGCUGAGUUGCAGGAUCAGUCAUUAAAAGCUGUAGAAGGAAAAGAUGAAAAAAUUGACAAAGUUGAGAUUCUUGAAGAGGGAGAUUUAGAAUCCAUUUUAAAUCCCGUUCAGGUAAAUCAACAAGUUACAGUUAAACGAAAAAGAGGAAGACCUCGUAAAUAUCCUGUUGAAAUAAAGGCAUUACAGGGUCAAGAUUCUGAAGCUGACACAAGCACUGGAAAUAUGCUGAAAACUUCAGUUCCUAGAAGUAAACAGAAAAGUACUUCAAAAGUCAUAGAUUCAUUGAAUGAGAGUGGAGGACACAGUGAAACUGAAGAAAGGAAAGCAGAGGUGGUUUUGCCUCGAAGAGGAAGGAAGCGUAAACGACCUCUUAUUCCAUCAGAGGAAACAGGAAUGAAUACAAAUGAGCCAGAUGAAAAGUGGCAAAAGUUAACACGUGCAGUUGAAAAGAAAACAAAAGAUCAAGAUGAAAGCAAGGAGCAUGAUGGUGAUGAUGGAAGAGAGACUGCUGACAGCAGUGGUCAUGCUGAUGAGAUACAUUCCAGAGCCACAACUAGAUCAGCUUCAAAAUUAGAAGCACAAAGAAAGCAGCCUAGCAAACCAACUACACGAGCAGCAUCCAAAAAUCAAAGUCCUGAUCCAAUUCCACCUACAAAAUGUCAGAAGUUAGCAGGGAAAAAACUAUCACCUUCCACUUUAAAAUCUAAUAGAACUUCUGUUUUGGCACAUUUGAAGUUGCCGUCUACCAAGUGUAAAAGGGAAGUCAUUUCCCCAGUUUUUCAUAAGAAAGGUCAUCAGAGAACAGAUGAGCCUGUGAUGAAGAAAUCAAAACGGUAGUUGCAACUAAUACCAAAUGAAUGGAGAGGAAAAAGAAUAUUGUCCUCCGCUUAUAUUUAAAACAAAAAAGCCAAGGAGUUUUGCAUGCAUUUGUUUUCAAGGUAUAAUAAUGUUACGUGUGUAACAUGCUGAAACAGCUUUAUUUAGUAUUUGUUCAUGCAGAAUUCUAUAUGCAUUGCAGAAGUUUACUGUGUCUCUCAAGCAGAGAUUGUCAAGGGUGACUCACUAAUGCUAAUGCUUCCAGUCCAUUCAUCACCAAUGGCCUUUUAAUGACACCUUUUGUACAUAAGCCACAUUUUUAAAAAAAUGCAUUUUACUGUGUGGAUUUAAUCAUUUUAUUUAAUAGCAAGGACUAGUCUGUGAAUUGUUAUUUUAAAAUGUUGUGUAGUCAUCAUUAGAAUUGUGUAGGACCCGCAUAAGGAGGAAGGGAACUAUUGUACAAGUAAUCAACAAAUCCCUAGUAAUG